GACCGGCAGCAUCCCGCGGGCACCCGCUUCCACCCCGGCCUGGAGCUCCGGCUCCCCCAGGCCGUUCAGGAGUGAGAGGCGGAGGCUGUCAUGGCGGAGGCGGGCAGAGCUGGGGCCCGCCGCCCCGUGCCCCCCCGGCCGCCGGCGGGCCGAGGCUGCGCCGUCCAGGUGUCUGUCAUCGUGCCUGUUCACAAUAGUGAAUGCUGGUUAGAUGAAUGCUUGAAGUCAGUUUGGGAACAAGAUUUUAAAGGAACUAUGGAGCUGUCUGUUUUUAAUGAUGCCAGUGAGGAUGCUUCAGCUGAAAUAAUUGAAAAAUGGAAGAUGAAGUUGGAAGAUGCUGGUGUUCCAGUAAUUGUUGGUAGCAAUGAUUCAUCUGAACCUCGAGGCGUUGGGUUUGCUAAAAAUCAAGCAGUAAUUCAGAGCUCGGGAGCCUAUCUCUGCUUUCUGGAUUCAGAUGAUGUGAUGAUGCCACAGCGCGUUAGGCUGCAGCACGAAGUUGCCAUUCAACACCCAAACAGUAUUGUUGGUUGCCAAAUCAGAAGAGAGCCACCGGAGUCUACUGAACGGUAUACUCGUUGGAUCAAUAGUCUGACUGAAGAACAACUUCUUACACAGGUGUUUACCUCCCACGGACCUACUGUGAUCAUGCCAACCUGGUUCUGUUCUCGAGAAUGGUUUUUUCAUGUGGGAAAAUUUGAUGAGGGUGGAAAGGGUGUUCCAGAAGAUCUGUUGUUUUUCUACAAACACAUCCAAAACGGUGGUGAAGUCUUUCGAGUAAACCAUUGCCUCCUGCUGUACCGUUACCAUCCACAGGCUGCCACUCACUCCGUCCUAGAGGGAACCAUUUGGAAUCACCGAGUCGGGUUUCUUGAAGACAGAGUCCUCAGCUCCUGGACAUCAUUCACCAUUUGGAAUGCUGGCAAGCAAGGCAAGAAGCUCUACCGAAGCUUGUCCCCAGCUAAUCAGAAAAAGGUAACUGCGUUUUGUGAUGUGGAUGAAAAGAAAAUAACAAAAGGAUUCUACACUUACGAGGAAUCUGAGGAGAGACCAAAACCAAGAGUUCCAGUUUGUCACUUCAGAGAUGCAAUUCCUCCCUUCAUUAUCUGCGUGAAGCUGGAUUUGACAGGUGGAGCAUUUGAAGCAAACCUGAGCAUGCUGAACUUGAAGGAAGGGGUGGAUUAUUAUCACUUUAACUAAAAACCAAGGUUUUGACUUGAGCUGAAGUGAAACUCGGCUUUUUUUGUUUUACUAUGACAUAAGUAUGACAGAUUUAUCCACAGAGAUACUGGAUGUGCAGGAAGAUUUCAUUAUCACUAAGCACUGCCAUACUUACCUCUGAAAAACAGUUCUUUUCAGAGACUAAUGCAGCAAGGCAAGUUUAAUACUAAAUGUGUGUACAGCAAGCACGGCCUGAAUAGCUCCAUUCAGAGUUGUAGAAGUAUAAAUCACUGACAUCAAGAGAAAUAACCUAGGUCAACUGUGACAGAAGUAUGAAGAGAAACCGCCAUCUUGUGGCUACAGGUAAUGCCUUUAAAAACUGGAACCACAUUGAAUCUGCCCGUGGCAGAGCUGCACAGUGCUGUAAGAUGUGAUCUCUGCCUCUUCUCUUGUUCAACAGCGUGCUGCGCGGCUUCUGCCGAGAGCCCCUUUGUCAGGAUGCGGCAGCAUGAACUCGGCCAUCUUAACGGCACCUGAACCCAGAGCUUCAGUGGACGGACCAGCAGCCAGUGCCUGCAGCUUCAUCAUGCUGAGCUCUAAAGGAGAGAAGAAACACAUGGAGUAGGCAUGUAUCAGUGUUUUAACAGUACCUCAGCCAUGUAAUUUAGUAAACUAAACAUGGAGAAGAAAACACAGACAUACAAAGCUGUAGCAUCUACAGUCCUUUCUAACACCGCGAUUUCUAACUAUCCUCUAGCAGAUUUUAUCUGUACAAGUUUUAAAGGCACUGUAAAUGCUGAUUUCAGCUGAAAUUAACUUUAGCCACCUGUU